AUGGUGUCACUACUCUUCUGGCAGUGGUCAGUACUGGGUGUGUUGUCUCGCUACGACUCACCGAUCGUCAUCGAACGACCGCCUAAUCGAGUGGAUGUAUUUCUUACCGUAAACGCUGCUGGCUUAUUUGGUGAAGUUUUGCGUACAUCUAUCACUAUGGAACAGACAUGGACUGAUCCGCGCUUAUCGUUUCAGGGAGUGUCUGAAGUGCCACUGCCAAAUAAUGUGCUCAGUUGGCAUCCGGAUACGGUUGUUCUGAACUCUCUAAGUAGCGAAAACAAAUUGAUGUCAUCAUUUCUGAACUUCGACGGAAAGAUACGUAGGAGGCAGUUGUUGCUCGUUGAGGUGCUUUGCGACGAGUCGCUGAACAACGAGACGAACCCGAAUAUUUUCGAAUGUCCGCUUCAGUUGACGAGUUUCAGUAAUCGUGGAUGCGAUCAAAUCACAUACGCAAUAGAGAAAAUAGAUAUCAAUCGAGUAGCACGUAUCUCAAACGCUACCGUAAUCGAGGAUUUCUUUGACAGCCAUUUAAAUCAAACAUCACACAUGGCAACGGUAGUUUUGUACUUACAGAAACCGCAUCGGUUUCAUCAUGGUGUUCGCGAUAAAGGCAUGUAA